AUGGGAUCCUGCGGCUUUACGAUCAAGGACGAGCCGGUGGAGAACCUGCGGCCACUCAAGGUCCGCGUGAUCGGGGCCGGCUUCUCGGGCAUCCUGGCGGCCAUCCGCAUUCCACAGAAGCUGCGCAACGUGGAUCUCGUCGUGUACGAGAAGAACGCGGGCCUGGGCGGCGUCUGGUGGCUGAACCGUUACCCGGGUGUGGCCUGUGACAUUCCCUGUGAGUUGACUGCCCUUGCGUGCGAGGUGAUGCCCGUUAACCGGUCAGCCCACUCGUACCAGUACUCGUUCGCGCCGAACCCGCACUGGUCGUCGCUGUACGCGCCGGGUCCGGAGAUCCAGCAGUACCUGCAGGAUGUGGCCGGGCGCUUUGGGGCGACGCGGUUCAUCAAGACGCGGCACGAGCUGCGGGCGGCCGUGUGGGACGAGCAGACAAAACUGUGGCGGCUGACGGUGGCCGAUCUGGCGACGGACACGUCGUUUGUCGACGAGUGUCACGUGCUGAUCACAGCACGCGGCCAGCUUAGCGACAUGCGAUGGCCGGAUUUGCCGGGACUGCUGGAUCGCUUUGCCGGCAAGGUCAUGCACUCGGGAGCCUGGGACGACGGCUACGACUUUGCCCACAAGCGUGUCGCCGUCAUCGGCAACGGGUCCAGCGCCAUCCAGCUGGUCCCACGGCUGCAGCAGCUGCCCGGCACCGCCCUGACCGUCUUCCUGCGGUCGCGCACGUGGAUCACCCCGCCGAUGGGCGCCGAUGCCAUGGCGGCUUUGGGCCUGGACCCGGACGCGGCCACGGUGCCGCCAGCACAGCAGGCCGUCUGGGCUGCGGACGCCGACGCGCUCCUGCGCCUGCGCAAGACGGUCGAGGAUGCCGGCAACGAAGCGCACGAGGCGUCGGUGCGCGACACCGUCCCGCAACAGCUGCUGCGCCAGGCUUUGUCCGAUAGCAUGCGCCAGGCACUGGCACGACGGCCGGACCUGUUUUCGCUGCUGGCGCCCGACUUUGCGCCGGGCUGCCGUCGUCUGACGCCCGGCCGCGGCUACCUCGAGGCGCUGAUGGCGGCCAACGUGGAGGUGGUGACUGGGGCAGUCGUGGCGGCUACCGAGACCGGCGUGGUGGUGGAGGAGGAAAGAAAGGAUGGGAGAGAUGGAAACGGAAACGGAAACGGCAAUGGAAACGGUGGAAACGGAAGCGACGGAAACGGAAACGACAACCGCCGUUCGUUUCCGGUCGACGCCAUCGUCUGUGCCACCGGCUUCCGCGUGUCCGAGCCGCCGCCGUUUCCGGUCAUCGGCCGCCGUGGCAUCUCGCUGCAGCAGCGAUGGGCCGACAUUCCCGAGACCUAUCUCUCUGUCGCCGUCAACGGCUUCCCCAAUCUCUUCUUUCUCUUCGGCCCCAACGCCGCCAUCGGCUCCGGCAGCCUCACCGUCAUGCUCGAGGCCGCCUGCGACUAUGUCGUCCAGCUGAUCCGCAAGCUGCAGCGCGAGGAUUACGCCUCCAUCGAGCCGCGAGCCGAUCGCGUAGCCGACUUCUCCGCCUACGUCGACGCCUACUUCCGCAACACCGUCUACCUUGACCGCUGCCGCUCCUGGUACCGCUCCCACGGCGGCACUGGCGACCGCAUUGUCGGCCUCUGGCCCGGUUCCACCCUGCACGCCCUCGAGGUCCUCCGCUCGCCGCGCUGGGAGGACUUCGUCUACGAGACCGCCGACGACGACGUCUCGGCGCCCAACCGUCUGCGCUGGCUCGGAAACGGUCGCAGCGUCACCCAGCUCGGCCGCGGCGACCCAUCCUGGUACCUCAACCCGAACCAGGUCGACGUGCCGCCCGAGGGCCGGCCGGAAGACGAUCCCCGUCUGCUGGCACGACCAUGGUCAUACUAG